AUACGUUGGGUAUCAGAUGCUAAUGCUCUUUGUUUAUCUUGUUUUUGUCGAAUUUGGAAAUCGAUUCUCGAUUAAUCAGUAUUAAGUAGUGCAGUGUGCUAUUAAAGUUUCAGUCUUGAUCUGUCUCUCAUCUGGAUUUACCUUUUGUUUAGGCUGGAGUGCUGGUCCCCGCUUCUCACUUAAACUGUGGCUAAAUGUUUGCCUUUUAUCUCAUUUUGUUAUCUCCAUAUAUCUUUCUCGUAUCCUUUUUGGCAGAUCUUGAGCAAGUAGAAAGAGGAGGAGAAGCAAAGAUGUUGAACAAGAUGCUGGCAUGUGGAAAGGUAUAUAUUUCUGAAAGCCGAAAUAGAGCAGCUUUGGAGUCGAUUGGAAGAGCUGCCCAGCUAUUCCCAGAGGCUGCUAUUGUGAAUAAGUUCAUAGAUGUGACUUACAAUAGAGUUGGGUAUACGGUGGUUUCGAGAUUGACUCCAAAACCAUCUCAAGAUUCAUGUCCUUUGAAAGAUACGGUGUUUGCCAUUGUUAAGUCUGCUUUGGAGACCAUAGACGUUGAGUUGCAUUCCGGAACCCAUCCUCGACUCGGAGUUGUUGAUCAUAUAUGCUUUCACCCCUUGCCACAUACUUCCUUGGACCAGGCAGCUCAGAUUGCAAAGUGGUUGGCAGCCGAUAUAGGCUCUAAGCUCGAAGUACCUACAUUUCUUUAUGGGGCUGCCAACGAGAAGGGAAGGUUGCUUGAUUCUAUCAGAAGAGAACUUGGUUAUUUCAAGCCUAACUUGGGCAGUAUUCUAUGGUCUGGAGGGUCUAAAUCAGGGUCCUUGCCACUGAAGCCUGAGGCAGGUCCAGCUCAAGCAUCUCCAACAAAAGGCGUUAUUCUAAUUGGAGCAACCCAUUGGGUUGCUAACUACAAUGCCCCCGUGUUCUCAACUGAUAUUGCAGCUGUUCGUAGGAUUGCUUCAAAAGUGAGUGAGAGAGGAGGUGGACUUCCUUCAGUGCAAUCGAUGGGGCUUGCACAUAGCGAUGGUGUUACUGAGGUGGCUUGUUAUUUGCUGGAACCAAGUCAAGUGGGAGGAGACAGAGUUCAGUUUGAAGUUGAGAGGCUCGCAAAGGAGGAGGGUUUGCGCAUAGGAGAGGGGUAUUUCACCGAUCUUACACCAUACCAGAUUAUCGAAAGGUACAUGAGGUUGAGUUCUCAUUAAUGGGUGAAAUGUGAUCUCGGAUGUAUUUUUUGGUCUUUUCAUGUAUCUCAGUUUGUGCUGCUACUCUCUUGCCUCACAAAUACAUUUUGAUCUUCUUAAGAAUCAC